AUGAAUUAAAACUAAGUUCUCAGUCGGCUCUCUUGCAAGGAUAUAAACGAUUAUAGUUUUGUGAAGAUGUUGGGCACAGGAUCAUACAGUGAAGUCUUUUAGGGCAAAAACAAAACUAACGGAGAAGAAACUGCUAUCAAAGUGAUUGAUAAGGUAUUUUUAGCAAAGGUAAUAUAAAUAUAUGAUAUUUGUAGCAAAAUAAAAGUCAUCUCAUCUAUUUGGAAUCUAAUGCUCUUAUGUCAAUAAAUCAUCCUGGUGUUAUAAAAUGUUACGCUACAUACGAGUCUAAUACAAAGUUAUAUCUCUCCCUUGAAUUGAUGAAUUGGGGCACAUUCAGGGAUUUCAUCAAAGGUAUUGUAUAACUCAUUAAUACAAGGAAGACAACUUACAACGAGGGAGAUUCAAUUUUAUGCUGCUUAAUUGGUGAUCAUUUUAGAGCAAGUUCACAAAAGAGGAGUUGUUCAUAGAGAUGUUAAAGUAUGACUAUUAAUUAACUUUAGCCCGAGAACCUGAUGAUGACACAAGACAAAUUCAUAAAGCUGAUCGAUUUUGGGACUAUCCUUUUAUUUAAAGGAAACGAGGUUACAAAAGAAGAAUCUGAUAUAAAAUUUUGUAGAAAAUCUAGUUUUUGUGGAACAGGAGAAUACUUGUCUCCAGAAUUACUUGAUCAAAAUUGUUGUGGUCCUCAAUCAGAUCUCUGGGCAUUAGGUGUGAUUAUCUAUGAAUUGUUCACUGGCAAAACACCCUUUCAAAGUGACGUUGAAUAUAUUAUGUUUCAAAACAUCUCAGACAAAGAACCAAACUAUGAUUUAAUCAAGGAUCAAACUGCUAUAGACUUUAUAUAGAUGCUCUUAACCAAAGAUGCAAGCACAAGAUUAACAGAAGCUAUUGAAAAUGAUUGCGAUUAUUCAAUCCUAAAGUAACAUCCCUUCUUAUCCAAUGUAAACUUUGAAACUUUGUGGUUAGAACAAAAAGAAUCACAGGAACAACCUAAAUUUGAUAGAAAAAAUGUAAUAUUCAUAAUUCACAAUAGGUUCUGAGAGCCAAAACAACCUUAGUUAAUGAUGGAGUAUCUUUGAUUCUAAGUGGCAUCGUUGAUAAGCAUUCAGGAGUUCUAAUGUUUGGAUAGUAUACUCCUAGAACUAUGCAACUAAUUUAAAAACAUUUUUCUUAAGAACUUUUUUAUUAUAAUCCAUAUAAAAAGAAAAAUGUAUUAUCUUAUUAUUUAUAUUCUAGCAUCAAAUAGAAUUGAUCAAUGCUAAAUGUAAACUGGGGAACGAUGGUGAUUUUGUAAUCACAAGUAACAAUAAAAAAUAUUUCUUUAAAUAAAGAGAACAUCCAGCAACUUAGUGGGUGGCCUUAAUAAAUAAUGCAAUCUCUUAUAACAAAUAAUUUUAAUAAUGA